CCUAGCACUUACAACCUUAAGAAACAUGUCACCGACCUGCGGCAGCGACUGAAGACAUAUACUGUACUCACUAUCCCAACUUACCUUCCGGCUUACUAUUGCCCCAUUUCACACGAAGCUGAGAUUAUUAUGCAGAAAAUAGCAGAAACACUGUGCCCGAGUGCUCCGUGACCGGGCUUCGAAGCUGCAUUUCGGUCAGCAUUUCGGUGCCCGGCGCCCGUUGAAGCUGAACGCUACUUCGUCAAAAUGAUGUCAGCUAGAGGCGUUGCGUUUUCUACAAAUACAGGCGCGCCAUCCUCAUUAGCGCCCGGGCAGGCCAUAUUUAACGACAAAGGACGUCUUCCAGCGGGUUUGGCCGCCUAUCGGGGGUCCAUAGAUGAGCUAGACGACCUUAUAGCCACAGAGGACAGUAAGCAUGCUGAGGCAGCGGACUUGCACAAUGAGACACCACUCCACAUAGCUGCACAGUAUGGGCAAUUCGACGUGGUGAAGUUCCUUAUCCGCGAGCACUCGGUCAACGUGGACCCGGUCAACUGGGAAGGCUGGACGCCCUUCUUCGGCGCCAUCAGCCGCAGUCACAUCGAGAUUGCGGACUUCCUGCUACGCAACGGCGCCGACCUGCACCACACCACGCCCUCCGGCAUGUCCGCCAUGCACAUAGCCGCCUGGUUCAGCCAGCGCGACUCCAUUGAGUACCUGCUGCAGAAGCGGGCGCACCUGCACAAGGACAACACCUACGGCAUUCCGCCCAUGGGCAUGGCGCGGCCCGGGCCCAUCAAGCGCAUGAUGUUCAAUGCGCAAGAGCAGCUGGAUGAGGACUGAGGCGGGCGCCGGACGGAGAAGCCCACGCCAGCGGCUCAUGCAGCAGGACAAUUGGCGACUUGACUGACUGGCUGGCGGGGUGGCUGCAUAGCCCCGGCGGGCGCCAGUACCAGAUGUGCGCAAGCAGGAUGAGCGGCGACUUGUGUAGGAGGGGCAUGGCACGCCGGCGCCGCAACGGCGCUUGGGCCGUGCUGGUAUUGUUGUGUGAUAACACUAGGAGAGACGAGGGGUCGGGUUACUCGGGUACUUCACUCAGACGACGGCAAGAGAGUACCAGGCAUGACGCUCACAAGAACCGCGAGCCGAUGCGCUGCACAGCGGGGUUUACUUCCAGCAGUUUGGGGUCCCUGGCGAGAUCCUUUGGUGAUGCUUGCGCUGGUCAUGCGAUUUCUGCCACAACUGACUGCUGUCCUAGUUACUGGGGAGUACAGGCGUGGAGUACAGGGUAAAUGGGCGGAACGUACUUUAUCAGGUGGUCGGGCGCUUGUUGGUGGGCAGCGCCCGGUGCGCUUGCAUAUGCAUAUCAGCAUAUGCGUGUGCGUGCGCAGCAGCUGCAACCACCCUUGAUGAGCAGCUGUCAUCAUGCAGCCAGGUGUAACCCUGUCAUGUGUGUAACCAACUGUGAAG